GUCACCUAACCUCUUAGCUAAAUCACACCAAAACCCUAAUCUCUCAAAUCUUCUCCCCAAACACAAAAAAAUGGUUAACCCUAAAGUUUUCUUCGACAUGAGCGUCGGCGACAAACCCGCCGGCCGCAUCGUGAUGGAGCUUUACGCCGACACAACCCCCGAAACCGCCGAGAAUUUCCGCGCCCUCUGCACCGGCGAGAAGGGAGUCGGCAAAUCCGGAAAGCCGCUCCACUACAAGGGCUCGGCCUUCCACCGCGUGAUCCCCAAGUUCAUGUGCCAGGGAGGAGAUUUCACCGCCGGGAACGGGACCGGAGGAGAGUCGAUCUACGGCAUGAAGUUCAAGGACGAGAACUUUGUCAAGAAACACACCGGUCCGGGCAUCCUGUCCAUGGCCAACGCUGGUCCGAACACGAACGGAUCUCAGUUUUUCAUCUGCACUGAGAAGACGUCGUGGCUCGAUGGGAAGCAUGUUGUGUUCGGUCAGGUUGUUGAAGGGAUGGAUGUCGUUAGGAACAUUGAGAAGGUUGGAUCUGACAGUGGAAGGACCUCUAAGAAGGUUGUGAUCGCUGACUGUGGUCAGCUUUAGAUCUGGUGAUGAGAAAGUGUGAGAGAGAGAGUGGUUGAUCCAAUGGUAGCUUUGUGUUUUUCUGUUGUGUUUUUUUUUCUUUGUUCCCGUUCUUCUCUUCUUCGUUUCGAUCUUUGUGUUUCUGUGGCUACCAUUGAAUAAUAAUGAUAAUGAUUAAUCUUAGUUA